CUCGCUUCCUCCCUCCCCCCCACCUCACCCGGACGGUGUCCCCCCCCCUAUUUUGUAUGCGCCACCGUCGCCGGGGGGUCCAACUCGCCAUCGAUCGAGAAGGCAAGGCGACCCCCGCCCCGCACCCGGGGCCAAUCCGUUCCGACCCGCCCCACCCGAGGAGGAGGAGGAGGAAGAAGAAGAAGGGGGCGAAGAAGCCCGAUUCUAGAGCCGUCCACGGAGCCGCCGCCGCUGACCGGCAGGAUCCCGGCGCGCCCUAAGCAUGGUCACUCAGAUAAUCAGCACAAUGGAGACCCAAGUGUCCAAUGGUCCCACAAGCAACAGUUCCCUCCCCAACGGGCCACUGAUUAGUGCCAACGGCGCCACUGAUGACUCCAAAACUAACCUCAUAGUCAACUACCUACCCCAGAACAUGACACAGGAAGAAUUCAAGAGCCUCUUUGGAAGUAUUGGAGAGAUUGAAUCCUGCAAGCUGGUUAGAGACAAAAUCACAGGGCAGAGCUUAGGCUACGGCUUUGUCAAUUAUGUUGACUCCAAUGAUGCUGAUAAAGCAAUCAACACGUUGAAUGGGCUCAAACUACAGACAAAAACAAUCAAGGUGUCCUACGCCCGGCCUAGCUCAGCCUCCAUCCGUGAUGCCAAUCUCUACGUGAGCGGCCUCCCCAAGACGAUGAGCCAGAAAGAGAUGGAGCAGCUGUUCUCGCAGUAUGGGCGCAUCAUCACCUCCCGCAUCCUUGUCGAUCAGGUCACAGGUGUCUCUAGAGGAGUCGGUUUCAUCCGCUUCGACAAGAGGAUAGAAGCUGAGGAGGCCAUCAAGGGGCUGAACGGGCAGAAGCCCCUGGGCGCCAGCGAACCCAUCACAGUCAAGUUUGCCAACAACCCCAGCCAGAAGACAGGACAAGCUUUGCUCACGCAUCUGUACCAGACCACAGCUCGACGGUACACGGGACCAUUGCACCACCAGACUCAGCGAUUCAGGCUCGACAAUUUGCUAAACAUGGCAUACGGCGUCAAGAGUCCUCUCUCCUUGAUCUCCAGGUUCUCUCCCAUCACGAUCGACAGCAUGACCAGCCUGGCGGGAGUCAACCUGACAGGGGCCUCCAGUGCCGGCUGGUGCAUCUUUGUGUACAACCUCUCCCCAGAGGCCGAUGAGAGUGUCCUGUGGCAGCUCUUUGGCCCUUUUGGAGCAGUCACCAACGUCAAGGUGAUCCGCGACUUCACCACCAACAAGUGCAAGGGCUUUGGCUUUGUCACCAUGACCAACUACGACGAAGCAGCCAUGGCCAUCGCCAGCCUCAAUGGCUACCGACUGGGCGACCGAAUCCUCCAGGUUUCCUUCAAGACCAGUAAGCAACACAAGGCAUGAGCGAGCGAGCGGGGCGAGAGAGAUGGCGGGAGGGGUGGGGCGGGGGUGGAGCGGCAAGGAUGCUGGAAAACAGCCCUCCUCCCCGACUCGCCACGAGAACGGAAAUGUUCAUUGACUCAAUGUUGCAGAAUAUUUAAAACAAAACAAAACAAAACAAAAAACCGCCAGACACCGUGAUCUUCUCUGGGAAGCAGGAGGCUUCUCCCGCUCCCCCUCCCCUGUGCCCGACAGCCCAGCGGGGAGCACGGACGUGGCAACAUGUCAGCCACCUUUUGAAAACCGAUCCCUGCUCUUGGCAAUGUGCAGGGGAGACAUCCACUCAGAAUAGAACACCUCUCUGUUUCUGUGACCCUACUGCGCCCCCCCCCAACCCGGUCCCUUGUCCUAGGCUUUUCUAACAUACUUUACCCAAGUCAGAAGCUUUCCCCAAUCUUCCAUCCUUCCUUCCCUCUUUGAAUUCUGAACCCUUAUAUUGUUCCUUUUGAUGGGCAGGUUUCCUGGCCCCCCG